AAUGGUAUAUUCAGCAGUUCGAUUCGACUAUUUGGCGAUCGAAGGCUGACAUAAAUAGUCUAUCAUGAAGCUCUUCAUUCUUGUAUGUGUGUUGGGACUGAGCUUGGCCGCCAAUCCCAGGCUUCAGAAAAUGGAGGAAAUGCUGAAUGAUCUGACCAGACAACUGGUUAGCCAGCAGUUUUAUGUCGAAGAGAGGAUUCGCUCUGAUGGAGACUCUGGUAUCAAGCAAGUAAGGCGGUUGUCUGCUGGGACUGAUUCCUUUAACUCGGAAACCACCAGUGCCAUUCAUUCACAUCCAAACUACAAAGAUGUCAUUGGCUUCGGAGAAGUCAACGCUGUAUUGAAUGGUGUUGAAUUCCGAACCCGGCAUAAUGAUUAUUCCUUAGAAAUGCCCAGUCUGCAUAAAGCGAACUAUCAUUUAACAGAAAAAAUUCCAUACCCACAAGUCCCGCCUUCAGUCACAGCAAAACAUACAGUUCCCGAGCAGAUAGCGGAAAUGAAAGAGUACUUCAGGGCCUUCAGACUUCAAAACUCUACAAUCAGAAACUACAAACCUUACUUUAAACCAGUCUUAUGUUACAUGGAGGGAAACUGGGAGUGGGACACAAAACACCUUCACGAACCUUUUCAUAGCGAGACUCACCACUUAGACGCCAUGGACUACGACAACCUAGCUGACAAGGUCAGACUGAUGUCAUACACCGGUAUGAAUGAUCUCCAUGAAGAUUUAGCAUUUCUGCCUAAAAAAAUAAUGGACAUAGACAGCAAUGGCAAACCAAGAUAUGCCCAGUGGAUCUACAGAAUACUUUGUAACCCAAUACAUUCAGAUGUUCCACUGAAAGUAUUCAAGCCAAUCGACGACGUUGCUUUCCGAGUGACAAGGAAAUACAAUAUGUCAACUUACAGCCGUACCGAGGAAGCCAGGUUUACAGUCGCUGCAUCUGCUAAUCAAGCCGAGUUUGAUGAACAUGAGGGAUACGGGAAAUUUGAAGACAGAGCAUAUGCUAAAGGACUGUUGGACAGUUUGAUGCAUGGGGUUCCAGGGGCAAAUAAUUAUCGUGGAGGUCAACACGACACUGAAUUCAAUCACACUGCUUUGGUAGCGGGCGAGGGACGAGACAGGCCAGAAAACACCGCUCGCUAUCACCGUGAGUACAAGUUACAUCAUGGGAUGCAAAUUAACCAGAGGGGGUUCUCCGAUAGCAACCUGUGGAUGGCCCAAAACCAUCAAAACAAAGUAGCAUCGGUAAUUUUAAGGUCAUGUAAGACGGUCGGAACUCUGAAGACCAAUUGUACAUCCACGACAGAAAAAUUCUCAUAUGCCAUUCCAUUGGAAAUUAUAUAUCUAAACCCUCUUCAUUCCUGGAACCCAUAUAACCUUGACAUGAAAAAUGAAAGCGAGGUGACUGAAAAUGGCCGUAAAGGAGAUUCACAUAACGCUAAUCUGGCAUACAAAGGCAUAUCUACUCUUCACUUCUAUCAAACUCCGGUUGAAUUUUUUGGAAAUGUCCCUGGACAGGAUGUUGGUGUCCUUGAUCCCAAAGGAGCCAUUCACCGAGUUAUGGCGUCCGGAAUACAAACAAUUUUACCUAAAAUCCCCGGUGUAGGUGAAGUGAGGCAAAGAUGGCCGAUCUAUCCGCUCCAUAGGGAAGGUGACAGCGUUGGAAAAGAAGCUGACGCUUUACUCGAAAUGUUGAACCACAUGUCUUCAAUGUCUCCAAUAUUCCAAGAACCAGCUACUCAAGGCAAGCAUGAGACUGUCCAACCAGAUCUACAUUUCAGAUUAACCUCCUCUCACAUGAAUCCACUAGACCGGCAUGAUCAUGAGUUUUUCGUUCCGGCGACCGAUUGGGAGCAACUUCUGAAGAACGAUGUUUGGGUUCAUGUUUUAACGGCACCAACUGAGGGUGAAAAUCAAGAAAGCCAUAGUCAUUCUCUACAGAUUAGAUUGGACAAACACACGCACAAACCGAUUAUACAAAAGUGUGAUGAUCAAAAUGGAAAGUGCUGGGAUGGACAUACAGAUUUCGAACAAGUUACCUUCCAUGAAUUUUAAUUUUCAAUAAAAUAAAUUUUAA